AUGCCUUCUAUUGAAGUGAACGGCAACGCCGUUAAAACUCGCAUUCUCCCAGUCAACGUGUCUGAGGUUGGGAAAUUCAAUAAUCAAGAAACCCUCGAGAGAUGGGAACUCCCCAAGGAUCUCUCUGGACUACAAUCUAUCGCGGAAGCAGCAGAGUACCUCAAGAUAGAAAGCAUACCCGUAGCCUUUCCAACAGAAACUGUUUAUGGAUUGGGUGCGGAUGCGACGCGAAGCGAUGCUGUGAAAGGGAUAUACAAGGCUAAAGGGCGACCUUCAGACAAUCCACUGAUUAUACAUGUUUGCGAUCUUACCAUGCUACGCAGUCUCUUGACCUCGACCGAUAAGCAAAACGUCGAUAGUGAUUUUUCCGAAAUACCAGAGAUCUACAGGCCACUAAUCAAACGUUUUUGGCCUGGUCCCUUGACCGUCCUUCUACCGAAUCCAUCUCCAAGCAAGUUGGCAUCAGAAGUUACAGCAGGUUUACCAACAUUCGGCGCGCGCAUGCCAAGCUCUCCUCUUGCGCUUUCUCUAAUAAGGCUCGCUGGUGUUCCACUCGCCGCCCCAUCUGCGAAUGCCUCUACGAAACCUUCCUGCACAACCGCUCAACAUGUGCAUCACGAUCUUGACGGUAGGAUCGAAAUAAUACUUGAUGGUGGUGCGUGCCAGGUCGGAGUAGAAAGUACGGUUGUAGAUGGCAUGUGUAAUCCUCCAGUCGUUCUCAGGCCUGGCGGUGUGAGUAUUGACGAGAUUCGAGAGUGUCGUGGCUGGGAAGGUGUGGUAAGAGGAUACAAAGACCAAAGUGAAAUUGGAGAUAAGGCACCCAGAGCACCGGGAAUGAAGUACAAACAUUACAGCCCCAAAGCGAAGGUUAUAUUGUGCGAGAAUGGGCGCGGCAUUGAACAUUUGUUCGGAGACGAAGCGCUCUCAAUUGUAGCAGCACGAGCUGAAGAGACGGAACACACCGAGCGCAAUUCUUUAUCCUCCGACAAGCCAGCCACAGUUGGCAUUAUAUCUACCCUGAAUUGGAGAUUUCGACCGGGGGUUGAAGAUUAUGCCGACUAUGAUAUUCAAGUAGAUGAACACAAAGACAAAGGAACUAUAGACAUAGAAGCGAGCUUACAGUCAAACGAGUUCGCGCUCUACACAAGAAAGCAUAAACCUUGGAUCAAAGAUUCGAGUGAUCAGACGACAGGCUGGCAUGUGGCGAACUGCUUGAAAAUUGCCCUGGGUAGUGAAAUCAAAGAUAUCGCCCAUGGUCUCUUUUCGGCCCUGCGAGAGUUGGACCAGAAAGGGUGUGAUGUCAUUUUUGUGGAAGGCAUCAAGGACGAAGGGGAUAUUGCGGCAGCCGUCAUGAACAGGCUUCGAAAAGCAGCGACGGUCAUUGAAAGAUAG